UUUCUUUUUUUUUUUUUUACUAUUAUUCCUAAGUACAGUUUCUGUUUCUUAGAGCUGAAGAUUAGUGGUUUCUUGUCGGUCAUCGAUCUUUUCCUCUUCAUCUUUCUUCAUUAUCGGGUAACAUAUAUUCCUCACACACAUAUAUAGUCCUUACACUUACUCCACCAGAAGGAUCAAUCUGCAGAUCGAAGAAAUAUAUAUAUAUAAUUAUAAUGAGUUGCAAUGGGUGUCGAGUUCUUAGAAAAGGAUGCAGCGACACCUGUAUUCUCAGGCCCUGCUUACACUGGAUACAGAGCGCCGACGCUCAGGGCAACGCCACCAUCUUUGUAGCCAAGUUCUUUGGCCGGGCCGGCCUCUUGUCCUUCAUCUCCGCCGUCCCGGAGAACCAAAGGCCUUCGCUGUUUCAGUCGUUGUUGUAUGAGGCCGCCGGGAGGACGGUGAAUCCGGUGAACGGGGCGGUGGGGCUGCUAGGGAGUGGGAACUGGCACGUUUGUCAGGCUGCCGUGGAAACGGUGCUCCGCGGCGGAGAAUUACGGCCGAUCCCGGAGUUUCUCGGCGGUUCCGACUGCACUGACGACAUGUUCAAGCUCCAAGAUCCUCCCUCCAUCAUCCGGCGAUCCACGGUGCAGAAACGGUCAACUUUGCCGGACGGAUCUUCAAGAGGAUUAAAGGUGGGCGAUCUUGAUCUCAGCCUAACGCCUGGCUUUCAGGCUAGUAUUCCGAUGACGGGCAAUACACCGUUGCCGGGGAAACAACGGUGGCCGCCGCGGACACUGUCGAUGAACUCCGAGGAAUCGAUUACUUGCUUCGAAGGUGGGUUUGGGAUUGGAGAUCAAGGAGGAGUAGAACCUAAGCUACUCAACUUGUUUUGAUUAAUUUCUUAUUAUUAUUUUUUUUCAUCGGAUGUAUACUUAGUAUUUUUAUGAAAAUCUCUACCCAGAA